AUGAUAUGUUUCAUGGUGAAUCGUGAAGAUUUAAAUGAGCUACAUGCGAUUCUUGAGCCUUAUAUCGAUGGAUUAAUUGAGAAAUCUGGAGUAUCAAAAGACCUUUUUAAAGGAGUUUCAAUUUUUCGUGGACUAUGUGCAGGAUUGACGGGUUGUGUAACAACAUCAUCUACUUUGUAUGCAAUAAUUCCUAUUAUGACUAUAAUCAGUCAAUACCGACACCAAGUAAGACCUUUUAAAUUUCUUCAUCUCUAUCCUGUGAUCUAUCCUUGGGAACGAUCUCCUAGUGGUGUUAUAUUCUAUUGUCAAAUUUUAAAUGAGUAUUUUACAACAUUCAGUAUUAUCACGGUAACAGCUAGUGUAGAUAGUCUUUUUGUUUAUUAUGUAUUUCAAAUGGUCGGUAUGAUACGUGAUAUUUCAUACAAUAUAUCAACUUUGACUGAUGAAAAUUGUGAAGCAACUGUUCGACAAUGUGUACGCCAAUAUGAAGUAUUGCUUGAGUGCCGAAAAAAAGUCGAUAAGGUUUUUGGUCCAAUAAUACUCUGGUCUAUGGGAACCAACGCAAUUGUACUGUGUGGACUUAUUUUUCAACUGUCUCAUGCUAAAGCUAUACCAUUUCUUACAAUGGUAUUAUGUGCGGCAUAUGUUAGUUUCAAAGUAACACAAAUUUUUAUGUUCGCAUGGGCAGCAUCAAAAUUUACUACUGAGAGUAAUAAAUUAAGAGACACUAUUUAUGCUGCGAAUUGGAUUGGAAAUAAACGUGUUUCGACUUCAAUAAUAAUUAUGCUUACACAAAGACCAUUGGUUGUUACAGCAUGCAGCUAUUCAACUAUAUCAAUCGAAAUGUUUUCAGCAGUUAUGAAUACGACAAUAUCAUAUUUUCUAUUAUUGAAAAAUUUCGAUACCGAUGCAUAA